GCGGCAAAGCCAAAAAUAUGUUUCAAAAGUGCAAGUGUGAAUGAGAAAUAAUUUUUAUUAGGUUUUUAAUUAAACUGUUUUAUAACAUUCUGUAAAGUAACAAAACAUUUUCCAAAAUAUAUACCUAAGUACCUGUUAAAGUAUUUCAAUUGUGCGUGUUACCAUGAAGUUAUUAUUAGCCAUAAAGAAAUUAGAAUAUUUAUAGCAGAUGAAGAUCGUAUUGGCCUUCUAAUGGCUCAAGGAUGGCACAGCAACAAAAUGGGUUCGAAUACACGAAUACGGACAGGGAAAUACCAUUUUGGUUGGAAGACAUUACCCAGGAGAUGAAAGAAACGCACAUAAGUAACGACUCCACAAAUUUCGAAGAACCUAACAUAAAAUUGAGCAGUCUAAAAUUGGAUAACCACAGAUUAACCCGAAGGACAUCGCUGGAUGCCACUAUAGAUAUGAUAAUGAAACCACAGUUGCAAACAUUAGCUCUAUCAGCGGGAACCAUUCGAAAUAAUAAAGGUUACACAAUACAAAAUGGACGACGGAAGUAUCUAAGAAGUAACAAGCUAGACUGGGGCGAUUCCUCAGACUGCAGCUCGAAUGACUUUAUGUCCGACUUGCUACCUCAUUACGUGACACCAAGGCACAGAAGAUCUAAUAAUGUUAUUGACGAAGACUUUCACGACGUUAUUUUAGGUUCAAGAUAUCAGGAAAGUAAUAAAUUGCGGAAGAAAUCCACUUCUAAGGAUCAAAAUAACUUGAGCAGAAAAUCUUCGGUAAAAAAUACUACUAAGAAGCCAGCAUCGUUGAGUUCAGUAUCUACCAAGAAUACCACGAGUAUAAAAGAGAGAUCAAAAAAUGAGUUUGUUAUUCCAGAGCUACCUGAAGGCAGACUGCUGGAAAUAAAAAUUUUCUCCAAUUGGGGAGACAAAUAUUUAGUUGGUCUGAAUGGUAUAGAGAUAUUUGACUCCGAUGGGAAUGAAGUUUUAAUCGAAAAGGUAUGGACAGAUUCUGAUACAGGAGAUCAGUCGAAUCAUGGCCGCGUGGAGAACAUAGCUGAUGGCGUAGUACGAACACGCGACGAAAAGCACGCGUGGACCACAUCGGCGCCACGAAAUUUGCCGAUUGUAUUAAGUGUACUGCUAGCUAGAUGCGCUAGACUUGCUUUGCUAAGGAUUUGGAAUUACAACAAAUCUCGCAUAUAUUCAACUCGCGGUGUUCGACUGGUUCAGAUGAAAUUAGAUGACCGAGUUAUAUUCCAUGGUGAAAUAGCCAGAUCGAGCGGCGAGCUCAAAGGACCUUUACCAUCUUUUGGUGAUACAAUACUAUUCACCAAAGACUCAAAUAUUCUUGAAUCAGUAAUGCAAAACGAUAAGAAUUUCCAAACUCUCCUAAAAGACAAUGAGCCGAUGCUAGAUUCAAACAUUGAACGGCCGCUAACAGCAAAUGACAGCAAUCAUGACCUCAACCCUACAGAACUCUUAGAAGCCCUAAAAGAUGAGCAGGAGACGAAGUAUGUAGUAAAAAAGGUCAAGCUCACGCUCAUGUCUAAUUGGGGACAGAGAAAUCUCAUUGGCUUGACAGGAAUAGAUAUCCUUCGGUAUAAUGAAUCGGUAAAACUACACAGAGCUUUCGCAUAUACUGCACCCAUUACAGACGAGCAACCACCGGAGCAUGGUCUGAUCGAAUGCAAGAAUUUAUUUAACGGUAGAAAUAUUACUACAGAUUUUGACGAUAUGUGGUGUACCAAUUUGCCAAGUGGUAGAUACUGUCAUAUAGUGAUGGAGUUACGAGAGCCAACUGAGAUCACCAGUGUCCGUAUAUGGAACUAUAACGCGAACUUGGAGCUGUCCUAUAUCGGUGGUCGCGAGGCACGGCUGAGCGUGGAGGGGUGGAGUGGACGUACGGUGCUGCUGCGGCGCGCGCCCGGCGACACCUGCUACGACUACGUGCAGCAAUUAGACCUUACCGUGACUACUUCACCAUCGCACCAGGUUGAUCUCGUGCGUGGUGAUAGAUUAGGUGACAUGAAAAGUUAUGAAAAGUUUCCAAUGCAUAAUGGGUACCUCGCGUAUGGCGGUGACCUAGAGAUGGAUACGCCGACAGGAUUCGUGCUACAGAUUAGCAUAUUCUCAACAUGGGGCGACCCCUACUAUGUGGGGCUUACUGGAGUUGAGCUGUAUGAUCCCCAUGGAAACAUCAUACCGCUCACGGAAACAAACGUGUGCGCGCACCCGGCGAGCGUGAACGUGGUGCUGGCUCGAGGCGCGGAGGCGGACGCGCGCACGCCCGACAAGCUGGUGGACGGACACAACGCAAGCGUCGGCGACGCCUCGCACUCCUGGCUCGCGCCCGUGCUGCCGCGCACGCUCAACAGAGUAUUUUUUGUGUUCGAUGCGCCAGUGUCGGUAUAUGGUAUGAAAAUAUGGAACUAUGGCAAAACGCCCACGAGAGGUGUUAAGGAAUUUGCAGUAUUAAUGGAUGACCUGCUUAUUUAUAAUGGGAGCCUGGACUGUGCCAAAAAUGGUGAUAUAUUAUCACCUCAAUGGAUCUGCUUGCAAAAUGUAGAUGUCGACAAUGUGACACCAAGUUCGUCGGACGUGAGCCAGCGCAGCACAACGAGUGGGUCACAAUCGCAAUUCGUCGAUCCGCGUCUGCGGCCCCACACUGGCGUCAACGAACACAUGCAGCGCCACUGACACAGCGUGGCUACGUUAUGUAUACGAGAAAUGCCCCAAGAAACGUAUUUCAUAUAUAAAUAAAUACAGUGUUACGUAAUAGGUACCUAUAUUAAUUUACAGUUAUGAAAUAUCACAUAGGGCUCAAAAAUAUAAUUUUGUCUUAGGAAUUUAGAAGUAUAAAAAUUAUGUAAGUAAUUAAGACACGUUGAGUCACGCCUGCGUCCUUGACUGAAUGUAAAUUGAUUUAAUUUAAACAGUAAUUUGUUUCUCGAUCUCGAGCCAAUAAAAAUUGAUCAAAUACAGACAAUAAUUUGUUUCUCGUUUUCAAGUGAAGAUAAAUCAAUCAAAUACAGUUAUUUGUUUUUGCGUUGUCGGGUGAAUGUAAAUCGAUCGAAUGCGGGGAAUAGUUUGUUUAUGUGAAUCGUAGAAUAAAGUCAUAUUUGUCUGCAUGAAAAUUAGUAGGUAAUAAUGCACUUUAUAUGGAGGAAACAUUAUGCAUCCACACAGAAAUUAAAACAAUUCGUAGACUGCUCGCACGCCAAACUAAUAUAGAUGAAUUAUUUUGAUAUAUUCACAUGAGAAUUAAAUAAAUAGAAAAAAAAAAACAGGAAACCUAUAAAAAUGUUUAGGAAAGAGUUAGAAAUUAAUUAAAGGAAUUAUUUGAGUAAUAACCGAAGAUGUAUGCUAGAUAUCCAUCCAUUGUUUACGUAUGUACAGUCCAUAGUCAUAUAAUGUGUUUAGGAUCAUGUUUAGGUCUACAUUUUUAAAACAUGUAGGUAUAUUUUGUUCUGUAUAUUGGUUAGUAAAUACUGUGAAACAAUACCUGUAGACAUUGUAAGUAUAUGUAUAAUUAUCUUACAAGUGGACCGUAUCAGUGAUGUAGCUACUCAAAUUGCCCUUGUUAGGUGAACCAUGUCCUGUCAUGUUUUAUACCGGAAAUAAACUACGAAUUUUAUA